CCAUCUUCAUUACCUUUUUUCCAGAACAUUGGUCUCAGUGAGCAGCUGUCAAUGAAACAAUUCCAAAGAUUCAAAUUUUACAAACGAUAGCUUAUUUUGUUUGUUUCUGAAUAAAAGAAAAAUUUUAGUAAUAGUUAGUUUUUCCAGGCUAUUACUGGAUAGUUUGAACUUUUCUGGUGUAGUGUGAUGACGCUCGUUAGUAAGAAUCUUGACCAAUGCAGCUUCUGCUCUGCUAUAUGCAAUGAGGAAUUUCGUCAAUCGUUGGUCCCCUCGAAUCUUCAUGAACAGAAACUAAAAGCUAUCCUGCAGAAAUUGAGCAGUUUCGCUUCCCAGUUAAGCAGUUAUCCUACGUGCGACAAAUGCCACCAAGAGUUCAUAACCGUCCACAACAUUCCCGAGUGCUGUUUCCUAAUUUUUCCCAGCACUGAACCGAUUACCAUCAAGAUGGAGCCAGAGUUAAUGAUUGAUGACCACAAGCCGUCGGAUAAUGAUAACGUUUUUGAGACAGAUCCUAUUAAACAGGAAACCGUAACGAAAAUCGAAGGACACAAAGGUGAACGUCCCUAUCUUUGUCCACAUUAUUCGAAGGCGUUUAUCAAUAGUUCAAAUCUCAAACUACACAUUCGAACUCAUACGGGUGAAGGUAUAUUUUCUUGUUCACAGUGUCCAAAAGCUUUUACGAGCUCUGCGUCGCUCCAAAGCCACAUUCGAACACAUACUAGUGAACGUACCUAUUCUUGUCCACAGUGUCCAAAAGCGUUUAUGAGUUCUGCAUCGCUCCAAACGCAUAUUCGGAUUCAUACGGGUGAACGUCGCUAUCCUUGUCCACAUUGUUCGAAGGCGUUUCACAGUGGUUAUAAUCUUAAAGAACAUAUUCGAAUUCAUACAGGUGAACGUCCUUUUCUUUGUCCACAUUGUUCGAAGUCGUUUAUCAAUAGUUCAAAUCUCAAAGAACACAUUCGAAUUCAUACGGGUGAACGGCCCUAUUCUUGUGCACAUUGUGCAAAAGCGUUCAUCAAUUAUUCAGCCCUCCAAAAGCACAGUCGAACUCAUACGGGUGACCUUCCCUAUUCUUGUCCACAGUGUUCAAAGGCGUUUAUCACUCCUUCAUCCCUCCAAAAGCACAUUCGAGCUCAUACUGGUAAAUGUCUAUUUUCUUGUUCACAGUGUCCAAAAGCUUUUACGAGUUCUGUGUCGCUCCAAAGCCACAUUCGUACACAUACUGGUGAACGUCCCUAUUCUUGUCCACAGUGUCCAAAAGCGUAUGUAAGUUCUGCAUCGCUCCAUAAGCAUAUUCGAACUCACACUGGUGAACGUCCCUAUUCUUGCCCACAGUGUCCAAAAGCGUUUAUGAGUUCUGCAUCGCUCCAAACGCAUAUUCGGAUUCAUACGGGUGAACGUCGCUAUCCUUGUCCACAUUGUUCGAAGGCGUUUCACAGUGGUUAUAAUCUUAAAGAACAUAUUCGAGUUCAUACAGGUGAACGUCCUUUUCUUUGUCCACAUUGUUCGAAGUCGUUUAUCAAUAGUUCAAAUCUCAAAGAACACAUUCGAAUUCAUACGGGUGAGCGUCCCUAUUCUUGUGCACAGUGUGCAAAAGCGUUCAUCAAUUGUUCAGCCCUCCAAAAGCACAGUCGAACUCAUACGGCUUCAGAUGGAACCCAUAUUCUUGGAGGCAACAGGGUGCACAACGUCUGAUAGUGUUGCUCCUCGUUUUUGCUGAAGAUGAUUAAGUUUUUGCUGAAGAUGUUGAAGUCAUCCAGGAACACCUCAACACCGGAAAUCCAAGCAUGGUGUGCAUUAGCUGUUGGAAAGCACCGAGUGCUGACUUUACACCAGGAGCCAGCCUGUUGAAGUUGAAUAGGCUCCGGUGGGUGUUGAUGGUGAGGAGUCGCUUCGAUGCAUCGUCGACUUCAACCUGUAGGUAAGCGUCCGACAGAUCGAUUAUGCUAAACGCUUUGCUUCCAGCCAACUUCGAGAAGAUGUCGUCCGGUGUGGGAAGCAGAAAAUUGUGCGCCUCCAGCAUCGAGUUCAGCCCAGUUGAGUAGUUGGCACAAAUUCGAACCUUUCCACCCGGCUUCCGAACUGCCACGAUAGGAGCUGCCUAGUCGGAGUAAUCUACUGGUGAGAUAAUGUCCAACUGCUGCAGACGAUUGAGCUCGGUUUCGACCAAGGGCGUUGUAUGGAACUGGGCGUUUGGAUCGAAAAAUCGGUCUGGCAUCUGGCUUCAGGUGAAGACUGAUUUGAGUUUUCUGGCAAUGCCCAAGAGUGUCCUGAAAAACUUCGGGAAACCGCAUGAGGAGAUGCUUUCCAGAAAAAGAAUUUAAAUUGGAUUGAUUCACUUGAUUAAUGAACGAUGACAAUGGUUUCGUCCACAUCUCGAAGAGGUCCAUCCAUUCCGAGCCGAACAGGUUGAGUCCCUUGACUGACGUUACUCGGCAUAGUCCAGGCUUGAUGACGUCGUUGACUCCUACGAGACAGGUGAAUUCCCCCAGCAGCGGCAGAGGAUCUUUGGUUGCAGAAAGUGCUUCACAGGACGAUGGCUUGAGUACAGGUGAUCCAACCUUCCUCCAGGUCUCUUCACUGAUGAUGGUGAUUGGUGAUCCACUGUCGAGUUGCAGUGUGGCUUGACGUCCGUUCAUCAUUGUCGUGACGACACGGGUGAGAUUACCGGUGUGGUUUACAGUGUGAACGAUGUUGGCUUGGUACUUGGUCUUCUUCUUCUGGUUCUUCUUACCCUUUUGGUUGGAAUUAUCCCCAGCAGGCGCGUUUGAAGUCUUGGUGAAGCAUCCGCAGUACCCUUCCUUGUGGCAAGAUUUGCACAGAUGGCUGCUGUAUGUGCAAUCCUUCACGAAGUGCAUCUGGCCGCAUUGCCAUCACGGCGUCUUUGGAGAUUUGGCUUCCGGUUUAAACGAGGGCUUGGGAGCUUUGAUGGUCUCUUCUUCUCACCGAUGGCGUAUACUGCUGCUUUCGAGCUGGCUAGAUGCUCAAUCAAGCUGGCGUCUGCUUUCAGAACUGAACUGGUCGAUUGUUAGGUUCGCAAAAUCGAAAUCUUCACACGCUCGGUUUACCUUUCCGCCGUAGGUUAUGAUGUCGUCUCCUUCGCUUUACGCUAGUUGGAGACACUGGAACCGGCGUCGGCGUUUCCACGGUGUCCUUGAACGUAACAUCCUUAGGGAGCCUUGGAAGGAUGUAAUUCAAAUACCGACUGUGGGAAGCGGUGUCCAAUUUUCGCAGCAACAGCCGAACCUUGGCUGCAUCAUCCAAAUGCUGCGCGUCGCUCUCGAAAAGGUCGGUAUAGCGUGCGAACCAUUUCUUGAAUGUGACGCCAUUUUCUGGGUUGAAAGAAAACUCGCUGAUGUUGGAAGAAAGGGCUUCCAACGUGUGUUCCGGAUUUGGCUGCCUGGGAACUGCAAACCGCUGCAAGAGUUGGGUGAUUUGCAAAAUCGCCGUUUGCAUGUCCUGGAUCGCUUCUCCGGGUGGUUCUCCUCCUCCGUGAAAAGAUCAGCGCAACACAAAACGAACACGAGGAGAAUGCGAACCGAGGGCUUCGGACAAGCGAUAGAAAAACGCGUUUAUACUGGUUGGUAAUUAAACUUGAAGUGAAUUUUAUUGUCAAGGAACGGAAGAAUAGAAACGCACAUUUAUCAGUGCUGCCAGAAGGGCUGCGUACAUGGUGUAGUCGGUUGCAUAUAAUUACACUGUUAACACCCCCCUUCAAGCCAACACACCUAAUAAUCCACGUAACUUUUCAAACUGCACUCUAGUAAGACCCUUGGUCAUAAUGUCUGCAAUUUGAUCUUCUGAUGCUACGUAUUUCAAUCGAAUUUUUCCUCUCUGCACUUCAUCCUGCACGAAACGGUAACGUACAUCGAGAUGCUUCAGACGUUUGGUCAUCUUAUCGUCUUCAGCUACGGUGAUACAAGCUUGGUUAUCUUCGUGAAUAACGAUUGGUCCACCAUUGUCUCUCUCAAAAUCCUUCAGCAACAUCCUUAACCAGAUGGCUUCCUUUACCGCACCGCUCAAUGAAAUAAAUUCCGCUUCAUCCGACGAAAGGCUACCGUCUUCUGCUUUUGUGCUGUCCAUUAUAUGGUCGAGUUGUAGACUUUAAACACGUAUCCAGAAUGGGAUUUCCGGUCUCCUAUGUCUCCAGCCCAAUCAGAAUCUGCAUAUCCUUCUACCAUUGCACUGCUUUUGCAACGUUUGAAGACUAGUUUUAAAUCGAGGGUACCUUUUAUAUACUGCAGUAUGCGCUUUGCAUGGUUCCAAUGCUCGUCGCUAGCACAACUUUGAAAAGCGCUAUAGUAAUUAACAGCUGCACAUAUGUCAGGACGUGAAGUAACUGCUACGUAAAUCAGACAGCUGAUAAGCUCACGGUAAGGCUUGGUAGUGUGCUUAGUCGGAUCAGUACAUUUACCCAGUUUCAGAUUAGCUUCCAAUGGAGUCUGUUUUGGUUUGCAAUAAGUCAUACUAAAUCGCUCUAAAAGUUUCUCCAGAUACCGCUUCUGACUGAUCUCCAUGAUGUCUUCAUCCUGUCGUCGCACGAUUGUCAAUCCCAGAAAUGUACGCACUUCGUUCAUAUCAGUCAUUUCGAAUUCAGCCUUCAACUUUUCCUUCAAUUUGUUGAUUACGUUUAGUGAGUGACAAGCGAUUAAUAUGUCAUCCACAUAAAUAAUUAGGAACAACAACUUUCCAGCGAUUAUUGCAAUGUAAAAACAAUUGUCAAUUUCACUGCGCCGAAAUCCAAGCGUCGAAACAAAUUCAUGGAAUCUAGAAUUCCAGGCUCGUGAAGCCUGUUUAAGUCCUUACAAUGAUUUCUGUAACCUCGCUACUAGGUCACCAGAAUCGAAUUCCUUCGGUAAGCGCAUAUAUAUUUCAUGAUCCUAGUGCCCGUUCAAGAAAGCAGUUUUUACAUCAAGUUGAUGAAAAUGCAUUCGCUCCCGAUUUGCAAUAGCCAGUAAAACCCGUAAUGUUGUCA